AUGACGACUCCUACCAACGUUGAUCUUAAGGAUAUUCAAGCGCAUUUUGCCAAAUAUCAGGGCGAAAAGUAUGUUGAGGGCUGGGCCUCCCUCUGGGACAAAGGUGAUAAUCUGCCCUGGGAUCGUGGCUUUCCCAACCCCGGGCUAGAAGACAUCCUGCUCCAGCGAGCUGUCACCAUUGGCGGGCCCAUCACGCAGGACGGUGAGAGGAGGAAGGCCCUGGUGCCGGGCUGUGGACGUGGAGUCGACGUGCUCUUAUUCGCGAGCUUUGGGUAUGAUGCUUAUGGCCUGGAGUGCAGCGCCGCGGCUGUCGAAGCGUGCAAGAAGGAGGAGAAGGAGAACCAUAGCCGGUACCGCGUCACUUUCGUCCACGGGGAUUUAUUUGAUGAUACCUGGUUGAAGGAGAUUGGAUUUUUCUGUGCUCUGAACCCAGAGCUCCGUCCUAAAUGGGCUCUCCGACACACCGAGCUCCUUGCUCCCUUACCUGCAGGCAAUCUGAUUUGUCUGGAAUCUCCUCGUCAUAAGGACCCCUUGGCCCCCGGCCCUCCAUUUGCCUCUCCCUCCAAGGCCUACAUGGAGCAUCUGAGCCACCCCGGUGAGAAGAUCUCCUACAACGAUAAGGGUCUUGUCGAUGCGGACCCGUUGCGAGAGCCCAGCAAGGCGGGCCUGGAGAGAGUGGCGUACUGGCAGCCAGAGCGCACGCACACUGUGGGCAAGGAUAAGAGUGGGGUGAUCCAUGACAGAGUCUCUAUUUGGCGUCGACGUGACUAG